CACACAUCCGGACCCAUUUGGUGCUCUUCCAAAACCUUUCACACAUUUUUUUCUACUCUUUUCUUUACUUCCCUUCUUUCUUAUUUUCCUUGCGUCCUUCUUCACCAACAACAACAACAACAAAACCAAAACAAAAACUCCCAAAAAAUAAAAAUAAGAACAGAGAGAUUGAAAUUCUAAAAGGAAAGGGGAAAUUAAUUAGGGGCGAUCAGCGAUGGGUGUGGAGGACGAGAAGUACAUCUUAAUCAAUUUCGAAGAGACCGAAUUGCGUCUCGGGUUGCCGGGUGGAAAUGGAUCCAGCGAGAUUAUCAGAGAUCAGGAAGCGGCGGCUUUGAAGUUGAACAAUAUUAAUGGAAAAAGAGGUUUCUCGGAAACCGUGGUUGAUUUGAAGCUCAAUCUUUCCUCCAAAGACAAAGCUGUUGUUGAUUCCGAUAAUUCAAAUAAAGUUCUUCACCAAUCCAAGCCUGUUAAUGCUGUUUCUUCUUCUAACAAUGAUAUUACUGCCAAACAGCCUCCUUCAAAGGCGCAAGUUGUCGGUUGGCCACCCGUUCGAUCAUUCAGAAAAAACAUCGUGGCCGUCCAAAAGAACACCAAAGAUGAAUCUGACAAAGCCAGUGGUAGCGGUGCUGCAUUCGUAAAGGUUAGCAUGGACGGUGCUCCGUAUUUACGUAAAGUGGACUUAAAGUUGUACAAAAGCUACCAGGAUCUGUCUGAUGCUUUAGGCAAAAUGUUCAGCUCUUUCACCAUUGGUAAUUGUGGUUCACAAGGAAUGAAGGAUUUCAUGAACGAGAGCAAAUUGAUAGAUCUUUUAAAUGGGUCAGAAUACGUGCCCACUUAUGAGGACAAAGAUGGUGAUUGGAUGCUUGUUGGGGAUGUUCCAUGGGAAAUGUUUGUUGAUUCAUGCAAACGCUUGCGGAUAAUGAAAGGCUCUGAAGCCAUUGGACUUGCGCCAAGAGCAGUGGAGAAGUGCAAGAACAGAAGUUGAAGUAAUAUUAUUUUGAAAAAAAAGUUUUUUUUUCUUUUUUUUUUUUUUUAACUUUUGUUUGGUUAAAAUCCACUCUUCCCAGACACAAUCAAAUGGCCAAAAAAAAAAAAAGAAAAGAAAAAAGCAAACCGGUUCGAGAGGGAUCGAGCACGGAGUUUGGAAGUGUCUCUCUGUAUCAUGCUUGAAUGUCUUAAUUUUGUUUUUGUUUAUAUUCCAAAUGUUGAAGAAAUUAUUAAAUGAGAGAAAGGUUUCGGAAAUUUCUUAGAAAGACAAGAAAGUUAAUAAUGUAGAAGAUCUAUAUUGUUCAUAGCACCUUUUCUCAAGGCCUGUGUAACUUUGUUUAAUUCUCAAUGGCUUGUCUAAUAAUGUUGUCAA